AUGAUGUCCAGGAUACCAAUGAAAGCAUCGCGUAUUCCUGUGAAACCAGCCCAAUCAGAAAACACUACUAAAACACAAAAUCUCACUCAAGUUAGUAAAGUUGGAAAACCAAAAACUGGCAAGAAAAAAUCAGAAAAUAAGCUUAGCAAGCAAGAAAUUGUAACACGAAUUCAAGAAAUGAUGGAAACUAUCACAGAAGAUAGUUUUAAGCUCGAUCCUGCUAAAUUAGACUCAAAAACUUACCUGUUAAUUCUAAAUACAAUUUUUUCAUGUUUUCCGAUAGAUCUAAAGCAGGAUAAAGUCGAUUACAUGUUUAUCAAAGAUUUUCUAGGAUAUAUUGGCUGUCCACAUCAAGUUAAUAAAACUCACCUUCAAACUAUUGGAAACCUUCAGUCAUUUGCAGAUAUUAUGGCCCCUUUAGUAUGGUUCUACGAUUUACUCAAAUUAUAUCAGACUGGUGAUGAAUUUCCUCAAGAUCAAGAAACUAAUUACGCAGAAACUAACUUUAAUAACUUACUAGCUUUCUACCAUGAAUUUGAAGAACUUGGCCGUGAUGAUGAUGACGGACCGAUUAAAGAGAGGAUAGCGCAGACGUUUGAAGAACAAUAUGAUGCUGCAAUUAAAUCGUGCAAAGAUAAAAUAGAAGAUUACCAAAACCAGAUUAGCUUUUCCGAGCAAAAAAUGGAACAGAUGAAUCAGAAAGCUAAAAUCAUUCAUGAAAAGAAAAGUAAUAUUGACACACUUCAAAAAGAACUUACAAAGCUAAUCUCAGAAACAGAAGUAUUAGAGAGCCAAAGUAGUGCUAUGGACUUGGAAAUGACAAAAUUGCAAAUGGAAUUAGAAAGAUCUCAAAAUAAAUAUUCUGAAAUUGUUAAACAAAGAAAUUCUGCAGAAACCAAGGUCCAAGAACUUAAUUUUGAUGCAAACGAAGUAGAAAAGAUUAAGUUCAAGAAAGAAGCCAUUAUUAAACAAAUUCAAACUGAAUUAGAAAAACAAAGUGCUACAAAGAAGGAUAUUAUGAAUCUUAGAAAAGAUCUAGAGGGUGCUCAUGAAGCUUAUGAUAGAUUUGCUCCUUACUUCGUUGAAAAUAUGCCUCCAAAUCAUACUCUUCCUGAUAGUAAUGACAAAGAAAAUCGUCUUAGUCAAGCAAAGGCUUUAAUUAAUGCUUUAAAGGCAGAACUAAGUCAAGAAGAUCCUCAUGAAAUAGAAAAACAACUACUCGAUGAACAAAGUGAUAUUGAAUCUCAGAUUGCUGAUCUUGAAAAGCUUCAACGAAGCCUUGAAAAAGAAUUUUCAGUUUCAAAACCAAAAAAGAAAGAUGAAUCUACAGAUGUACUUCAGGAGAAACUGAAAAAUGUGCUGAACAACCAGAAGAAAUUCGAAGUCGAAAGACAGAAAAACAUCGCAGAUGCAAAAGCGAAGCUGGAUGAAGCUGUGGAUGCUCUAAAUUCUUAUAAAGCAGAUGCAGAAACUGCUUUUAAUCUCAUCUUAAGAGAAGUUGAGAUGACAAUGGGUACUAUUUAA